AUGGAUUUUGAAUUCGUUUGCAAGGUAUACCCAAACAUCUUAGAAUGUGACUCUGCCACAGAAAUUUCACAGCUGUGCCCCGUUGAUCAAUUCUUCAAUGUUGAGUUUGAGAUCAGGAAUGUACACGAUGCUACCCACUCAAACACUUAUCGUCGAUUUGGUUACAUCUCAAAGGAAAAUAUGAUGCAAGAAAACGUUGAAUCUUUGCUUUCUAGUGUGGGGUUGCCAAAUGAUGCUUUCAGGUUUGUGGUGCCAAAAAUCUUGGAAGGUGCUGAUGAAAUUAACAAAUAUUUAGAGGAGGGUGAUGAAGAUUUUGGAUUGGUGCCAUCAAUUGAGGAGUUGGUGCAAGAAGAGUUCAAGCAAGAAGGAAACUGUGCGAUUUGUUUUGAGGAUUUUCAUGUUGGUGUUCGAAUGCCUUGUUUACACAUGUUUCAUAAGAAUUGUAUCACUAGUUGGUUGCAAGUGGCCAAUUCUUGCCCUUUGUGUCGGUUUCAUAUGCCUAUGAAUGAUGAACAAAAUUCGUGA